CGCAGAACAUCACGGGAGGAACGCGGGACGGCACGCCCCUGCUGAAGAAGCGCUGAGGCUACUAGAGGGGUUCCUCCGUACCAGCGGCAGCUUGGGGUUACUCACCUCUGAGGAAACAGCAUUUCCCACGGGGCAGUGGGUCGCCCCUGUCGCGUGAGACGCAAGGUGACGCAAUUCCUGAGCGCGCCAAUCCUGGGCUAAGUGGAGGGCGGGCUCUUCAAAUUUGAAUUUCAAACUGUUGUGAGUUUUGGGGAAUCUCGCGGAGGUGGUGAGGGUCACCUGGGACCGGGGUCGACGGGGGUCGAAGGCGCGAGCCCUGGGGCGUCGGGCCUCAUCCGCGCGAAGCCAGGCAGGGACUGCCGCCGUCUUGCCCAGCCGGGCCCCUCACCGAGGACGUGAAUUGGACUUCAGAUAUUUUUGAGUGGACCCUACCAGGAGGUUUUUUUGUUUUUCUUCUGCAUCUAUUCUGCAAAGCCUCUAUGGUUAGAAAAUCCUAGAUUCCUCUCUGGGCUGCUGCUGAAGGUCUAUCCUGAAAAUUGCUUUUAAGUGAAUUUUCUGAUAAAGGAAAUUUAUUGCUACUGUUAUCAAGAUGAUUGCAACACCUUUGAAACAUCCCGGAAUUCACUUGUCUUCAGAGACAUCUUCUCAGAGAAGAAAUAUGCCCAUGCAUGCAGUCUUCUUUGACAGCAUUCCUUCAGGCACACUUACACCUGUAAAAGAUUUGGUAAAAUAUCAGAAUUCCUCUUUAAUGAAUGAUCAUAAAAAGAAUGAGUUUCUAGAAAUGACCAUUUUUAAUAACAAAAAUAUAUUUCAGUCUACCAUGCUAGCAGAACCUACCACCUCUAACAAUUCUCUUGAUAUCAGUGCUAUAAAGCCCAAUAAGGAUGGAUUAAAAAAUACAGCGAACUAUGAGUCACCAGGGAAAAUAUUUCAAAGAAUGAAAGAAAAAGUACUGCGUAACAAGCAAGAACAAGCAUCAAGAAAAAGUAGUUUGUUGGAAUCACCAAACAGUAGAAGUAAUAAAAUCUUCACUCCUAAUGAAGCUGGAAAGAAAAUAUUGCAUCAUACCUACCUCUGUGAAGAAAAGGAAAACAACAAAUCAUUCCAAUCAGAUAACAAUUCACUAAAAGAGCUUCCAGUUCUGAACCAAGAACAUGAAGGUGUUUCAGCUACAGGAGUCUCAAACAAGGCAUUAGCUGGACGGAUUCUUCACUCUAAGGAGAAUACAGUUGCAACCACAAAGUCCAAAAAGGACACGUUUGUUUUAGAAGGCACUGAUUCUGCCUAUGAAAAAUCCCAAAAUACUACUAUUGAUACUAUCUGUGUUCCUAUUAAAAAUGGCAGUCAAUUAAUGGUUUCUGAUAGUACGGUGACAACAGAAGGGACUUUACAGCAGGAAAUUAAAGAAGGAAAUGAGAUAACAGUGCCCAGAGAAACUGACCUUCCAGGUUCCAUGAAUGAUACCUGUAAAAUUGUGCUUGCAACUCCAAGAUUUCAUAUAACAAUACCUCGGAAAUUGAAAAGAAAUGCUUCAAAGCUUUCUCCUCCAACUAUAUUUCAAACUAUUACAAAUGGAGUUAAAAAAAACAAGGUAGUCCAGCUACAGGAAUGGAUGAUUAAAAUCAUCAAUGAUAACACUGCUAUAUGUGUAGAAGGAAAAUUGAUAGACAUCACUGACAUAUAUUGGCAUAGUAAUGCAAUUAUAGAACGGAUUAAGCACAACAAACUUAGGACUUUAUCAGGCAACAUUUAUAUAUUAAAAGGAAUGAUUGACCAGAUUUCCAUGAAAGAAGCAGGAUAUCCAAAUUAUAUCAUAAGGAAGUUUAUGUUUGGCUUUCCAGAAAAGUGGAAAGACUACAUUGACAAUUUUCUAGAGCAAUUAAGGGCUUGUGAAAAAGAGGGAAAGGCCAGACAAAAGCAGAAAACUAGAAGAUUUGUCUCUGAUGUACGAAAAUCAAUGAAAAAUGAUGUAGGAGAAAACCAAACAGAUGUCCUUCAAAGAGCCAGCACCACUUAUGACCUUGACUGUGAUCAUUUGGAACUGAAGAAUAGUAAGCACAGUAGGUUGCCAGGAGCUACAGAAUUAAAUGUUUGCCAUAGUAAUCACCAAAAUAAACCACCAUUAAGACUCCUAGACGACCAAAUAAGUAAUACUAUUCAAAAUGGAGAAGAAUAUGACUUUUCUAAUCAGGAAUUAACUGGGGAAUAUAAAAAGAUGUCAAAGAAACUCAAAAAUUAUGGAAGAAGAACAAACAAAAGGAUAAAUGAAAGUGAGAAGCAAGAGGGAACUGAAGAGUCGAAUAUACCCAUUGACAUUCUGACCUCAAGAGAACAGUUUUUCUCAGAUGAAGAAAGAAAAUACAUGGCUGUUAAACAGAAGGAAGCUUAUAUUUUAGUGACACCACUGAAAUCUAAAAAAGUGAUAGAGCAAAAAUGCAUGAAAUAUAAUCUGUCCUCUGGCACCAUUAAAGCAGUAACAGAUUUUGCAUUGCCAAAGCAUCAAAAAGAAAGCAAGUCAGACUUUAAUGAAACUAAAAGUUCAAUCAAUAAGCCCACAAAGACUUCAGAAAAUGCCUUUGAGUAUAAUGUGGGUCAUAAAAGUAAGAAUAAGGAAGAUUGCAGUGAAUGUGAUUUACUUACUGUCAACCAGAAAAUAAAAAUAUGUAGCCCUGAAAAGGAACAAACAGUCACCUCUGACUUUAAGAAAGAUAAAAGAUUGUUAUCAAAAUUGAAAAUUGAAAAUAAAGAAACUAUGUCAUUUUACAAGCAUCAGCCUUCAUCAGAUUUGUGUAGUGAAGAAAGUGAAACAGAAAAGGAAAUUAGAAGGAAAGCUGGGAUUGUUAAGAAAACCAGAACAAGAAAUACCGAAGAAACAGUGGCUCCCCUGAGAAAAAGCACAAGGAACACAACAAGGAAAAUCCCAGGGAUUUCUGAAUCUGAAACUGAAGAAAGUGAAAAUGAAUUUCAUAUCAAACAGAAGAAAGCUAGAUGUUCUGCUAAAGAAAAUUUUCAGAAAUAUGGUAUUAGAAAUGAAUUUCCAAUUAUUGAGAUGAUGGGAUCUGAUAAGACAAACAGGCAUUUCUUAAAAAGUUUAACUGGUUUAAUUCAGGAUGAGGAAUGGAAUGAAAAAGAAUUACAGAGACUUCAUUGUGCUUUUGCAUCUCUUCCAAAGCACAAACCUGGUUUUUGGUCAGAUGUAGCUAUGGCUGUAGGUUCUCGAUCUGCUGAAGAAUGCCAGAGAAGAUACAUGGAAGACCCCCGAGGAAGAGGAUCCCAGAAGCAUGUCACUGAGAAAAAGCCAGUCAAUCCCAAAGGCCAAGGUAGUAUAGGUGAUGCUGAUAAAAAUCAGACUAUUAAGAUAACUGCCAAAGUGGGAACUCUUAAAAGGAAACAGCAGAUGAGGGAUUUUCUGGAACAGUUGCCAAAAGAUGACCAUGAUGAUUUUUUCAGUACAACACCUCUGCAGAAUCAACGAGUACUGUUGCCAAGUUUUCAGGACAGUCAAGAAGAAAAUGAUAUUCUGCCAAAUAUGGACAGAAAUCCAACAACUCCAUCAUCAGUGAUCUUUCCAUUGGCAAAAACUCCUCAGUGUCAUCAUGUCAGCCCUGGCAUGCUAGCUUCUAUAAAUAGGGCUGAUUGUGAUAAAUAUGUUUUUCGUAUGCAAAAAACCCAUAAAAGUAAAGGUGGUAUUGUCUGGGGCAAUGUCAGGAAAAAAGCAGUUGAAACUGAUUUUUCAACUCCAAGAAGAAAAAUUCCAUUUAAUAAAGAAUUUGGAGAAAAGUCUGGUAUUGGAAAACUUUUCACUAAUGCUAUGGAGUCUUUAGAUGAAGAAGAGAAAGAUAAUUAUUUUUCAAAUUCUGAUUCUGCAUAAUAAAAAUGAGAAACUUUUUCCAGGAUUUUUAUCAAGAAGCAGACAGUGUUUUUGUAUCUUCAUUUGGAGUACAUGUAUUUUCUUUAAAACAUAGCUUUAUAUGAAAUUGUGGGCUGCCUUCCAGCAGUUUCAUGUGUUUGUAUUCAAAGUAUCUUUCUAUAUAAAAUUCCUCAUUGCUGGAGCUUAUUAAAAAUAUAUAGAAAUUAUUUUGCUUGAUACCUAUUUGUAAAUUUUGUUUUUGCAGUAUAAAAGAUGAUAUAGAGAUAAAUCUCUCAUAAGGAUCUAAAUCUGUUUACUUUAAGAAAAUCAUGUUCCAAACAGGUUUUUUAAAAGGUUUUAAGAAAAUGUUGCUAUCGUUAAGGGAGGUGGUAGGGAAGAAUAAAAGACAGAUGAAAACUUUGUUAGCAUUUGUCACCACGUGGUAUACAAGUCAGAGUUGAUCUAAUAUUUAAAUCACAUAUUGUUGAACCUGAUUUUCUCCUGAUUGUAUUUCUUAAAAUUUGUAAAUGGCAUAUCUGUGAAACCUAUAUAAACGCGUUAUUUUCAGUUAUUUUAUUAGGUAGAAUCAGAAAAAAUUUUGUUGCAUUCUUAAACCUUAUUUACAUAUGUAGACAUAGCUUACAUUUGAUGUCAGUAUUUUAAAAACUGGAUUAGACGAACAUGCAAGUAAUAGAUAUACCACUGUAAGGAGUCAAGUUUUGUGUCCUGUCAUAGUUAAACACUGUUUUCAUUUCAGACAUCUUUAGAAAUAAACUUUUAGUUUAUUCUG